ACGAUCUUCAGGCAACGAACCUGUUAGAAGUAUUGCCUGAGGACUGCUGUUGCGCGAGACUGUUUCUUCGUUCCAUCUUAUGUGAAAUCAACUCAUAAAUUGUGGAGAGAGCGCCAGGAAGAGUUUUCGAAUGACAUGUCGUCGCAAUGACUCUUGGACACCAGUGUUUAUUUCGCAGAGCCAUUCGUUUUCCUAUUCUGUCUAUCUUGCAACUAGUAGUGGUAGGUCUUAGGCCUUUCUGGUCGGUUACUGUUCUAGCUGAAUGUUACUGCUCUCCGCUGUUGUCUUGCGAUCGCGGGUCCCCAGUGGAGUGCCUGCACGGUGAGUGUGCGUGGCAGAUGUCCGCCCGUUCUCCCAUGGAAGUGGUUUGCAACAACAGAAAAGCCGACACGCUGAUGGUUGUGGGAAUCAGUACACUGCUGUUCGGCAUAGCCGCCGUCACUGUGGGAACCACGGCUGACACGCGAGGACUGGCCGAUGCCGGGAUUGCUGUGUGCGGCUGGGGAGCCUUCUUUACGGGCCUAGGGCUGGGCGUGGCCUGCACCAUACAUAGUGUGGAGUGGCGAGAGUACAGAACGCGCCUGGAUCGCCUCGACCUGGAGACGCGCGUGCGCCUGAGACAGGAGACGAUGACGAUGGGCGCCUGGCCGGGACCGGACGUGCCGGCCGUUGCGCAGCCUGCCGGUGCGCAGUCGCCAUGGCAACAAGCCUAUCCGCUGUACCCGACUAGAUCGCCCGUAAGCCUGGAGCCGCAGUCCGGCCGAGCUGCGUAUGCGCCCUCACACCCAGGCAGUAGCAGAGGUGCGGAAGGGCCAGUGGUAGCACAGGCACAAGCAGCAGCGGCGGCGACGGGCGCGGAUGAUGAGUACAACUACAUCGACGUAGCCGAGGAUAAGCUACGCUCUCAGCCGGCUGCCAGUACAACAACACGGAACGUACCAGCAGCAGCAGCGGCGCCAUUGUUUGGCUCACGUGCGGAGCCCGUCGUUACUCGACAACUCCCCAAGUCCAGUUUUAGACAUGAGAAUUACCAGACCGCAAGCACUAUCUCCAGCAACUCCAGUUCAUCGGAGACCGCGUCGAUCGCGUCUCAUCUGGAAAUGAUCCCAGCUUAGGACUGAUCCUGCUGCUCGUCAUUGCAGAGACUGUUUAUGUGUCACGCUAUCAAUCGAGUCGUGGCCAGCCCCUUACCUGUACAUGUGUAUCUCUGGCCCAAACUCCAACUCAGGGCCUUUCACGAGACAAGGAAACGUUUGGCAAAUGUUUCGAAACUGGCCUUUCAUUUCAAGCAUAAUUCACCGCUUGAACACUGGUGCUUUUUAGAGUAAUGCAUCUUCCACGAGAAUUAUUUUUUUGUGUCCAAUUUUGUCUCUAAUACCUUCGCGAUUUCACCUGGUAAAUUUCGCCAAAUUCCCUGCUGAUUUUUGUAUUGAUUCGGCAUGUUUCCUACGUAGACUCGGCAAUGGACUGUAAUGUUGUUAGUAUCCUUUGUUAUUGUGGGCGCCCUGUACGGCAAACACUGAUAAUAAUGAACCUAUAACCUAAGAUUAGUUUUGAAUGAAUUUCCCUUGAUACCAUUACCAAAACCAGAGCUAGCUGUUACUUACUUGACGAACUGAGAAUCAUGACGUAACUGUCGUUUACCUCUUGCAUAAGAAGUGUUGAUGUCAUUUACGCGUACAGGUGGAAUCCUGAUACAGUGUAAUUCGAACCUCCAAAUGCCAGCAAAA